AUGGCUUCCAAAAGGGGUCUUGAAAGAGCUUGCCUUGUGAGUGAGAGGGACACCAAGAAGUAUUCCUUGAGCCUAGACAGCUCUGAGAAAGACAGCACUGAGAAAGUUCCUGAAGUUACUGAAGCUAAUCCAGCAUAUCACUGUCAUGGCUACUCCCAAGCCUAUGAGAACAGAAAGCGGGAGCAGCAUCAAGCCAGGAGGAAGCUCUGUGUAGCAUCAGUAAUUUGCAUCUUCUUCAUGAUUGCUGAGAUUACAGGGGAGUAUAUCGCCGGGAGCUUGGCGGUCAUCACCGAUGCGGCACACAUCCUGGUGGACCUGACAAGCUUCCUGAUCAGCCUCUUCUCGCUCUGGCUUGCCUCCAGACCUCCCACCAAGCAGUUAACUUACGGGUGGCACCGAGCAGAAAUUCUGGGAGCUUUGAUGUCUAUGAUAAUCAUUUGGAUGGUCACUGGUGUGUUGACAUAUUUGGCUAGCAUGAGGCUGCUACACCCUGAUUACAACAUUGAUGCUACAGUGAUGCUCAUUACCUCUGCCUCUGCCGUGCUCGCCAACAUCCUACUAAGCCUCAUCCUGCACCAGACUGGCCACGGUCACAGCCAUGGGGCACAAGCCAGGGACCAUGUGUUGGCCUCUCCUGAAGAGGCAGCUCUGAGCAACGCCAGUCUGCGGGCAGCCUUUGUGCACACCAUGGGAGAUCUGUUCCAGAGUAUUAGUGUGCUAAUUAGCGCGCUUAUCAUCUUCUUUAAGCCAGAAUACAAAAUAGCUGACUCAAUCUGCACAUUUGUGUUUUCCAUCUUUGUUUUGGCAACCACUCUCACCAUUUUAAGGGACCUUCUAAUUGUGUUAAUGGAAGGAACAUCAAAAGGAUUUGCUUAUGAUGCAGUGAAAACAAGAAUUUUAGCAGUUGAGAAAGUGGAGUCUGUUCACAACCUUCAUCUUUGGUCUCUGACAAUGAAUCAAACUAUUCUAUCAGCUCAUGUUGCCACAGCAAACACAGUGGACAGCCGGGAGAUUUUGAGAGAUAUUACCCAAGCCCUUUUUGAGCACUACAGCUUCCACUCCAUCACCAUUCAGAUUGAAUCAGGAGAGGAUCAGAAACAAGACUGUAUAUUCUGUCAAGAGCCCCGGAACUAG